AACAUCAUCAUCAUCAUCACAGCGCUCUAUGAAUGCCUCAAGACUAAACCGUGGAAAGAAAUUGCUGGAUCUGUUCUGGGAUUCUUUGAGUUCGGCUACGACCCCCUCAGUCUCUGGCGUCCGGUAGUGGAAGCGGACUUCGGGCAGGAGCGGUUCCUGAUAGAAGAUCCAAUGCUCUCCAUACGAGAGGGCAGGAUGCACGCAGUUCCAUUCAUCGUCAGCCAGACUACGGGAGAAUUCUUCUGGAAAGCUUUUACCGUCCUAAAUAAUCAAACGCUCUUCGAUACGAUGAACAGCGAAUGGGACCGAAUAGCUCCGAUCUCAUUCACACUUCCUCGUAACGAGACCAGCGGCAGACUGGCUACGCUGAGGAAGGCAUACUUCGGAGACAGUCCACUAAGAAACGACACGGCGACGGCUGACGGCUUGGGGAAACUGUAUGGAGACGCCAUUACUGCGUUCCCUGUACAUAGGAUGGCGAACCUGAUGUGCCGUCACUCGUCUCACCCGGUGUACUACACGGAGUUCGCGUACGUUGGCAAUCGCAGUCACUACGAGGAUCCAAUCACCAAGAAACCAGUCCGCGCAGCACAUCACGACGAUCUGAUUUACUUGUUCACGCUGAGCUACCGCUUCCCAACGAUAGAUGUCGCUGACACAGAAGACUCCAAGAUGGUGGAUAAGAUGACGGCGAUCUGGUAUAACUUCGCUAGAUAUGGUGACCCGAAUCCUCGAGGCGACACAGGAGAGCUGACCUCUUUGUCCUGGCCAGCCAUGACGCCUGACAACAGGACCUACUUGCGAGUCGCCAGCGAGUUUACUGUCAAACAGAACCUUUAUGAAAACAGAUUUGAUGUUUGGGACAAACUGUACCCUAUACAGUAUUGAUACUAUACGUUAAAAUAUAAAAUUAAAGUGAUUAUU